CUGGCUUUUCUUUCCCCCCCUUUCUCUCUCUCCACUCUUUUGGGUGUUGCUCAUAGUUGAUUCUUGAUAUGAGUUUUCUUUGAUACUCUUGCAGAGUUAUCGGUUUGUGUAAUUUAUUUUUAUUGCAUGAUUGAAGCUUUGUGCUACUGAAGAAAUAUUCUUUGCUAACAAUCUUAUUAUGCUCAUAGUUUAGUGGGUGGGGAAAAUCUUGUAGAUUUGAUGUGAUUUUGACAAGUUGGGUUGGUAAAAUAAAUCCCUCAUUUGGAACUAAUUCCUUGGGUUUGAAAGAGGACAUGGUGGUUCUGAUCUGCUCUACUCUGUCCUUUUCUUGCAAUUUGGCAACUGUUUCUCACGGGGAUUCAAUAGUUUGGGAUUAAUUCUUCAACAAGACUAGUGAGAAGUGGGUGGAUUUUAGUUAUUGCUUGCUUUUGUAUAGUUCUUGUGUACAGUAAUUGAACUAGGGCUUGAAGCAUGUUUAUCACUCUGCUCAUUUCUUCAUGGAAUUUGAUGGAAUUCACCGUAAUGUUUGGUCUGAUUAGGUUUCCUCAUCUUUUGUUGAUCUGAUUGGCUCAUGCCGAUGAAGGAAUUCGGUGCAAAAUAAGGUGAAGAGGAUGGGGAACUCUUAUGAAUUUUAUAACAAUGGUGAUGUGGCUGAUCCAAGCCUACAAAUCAUAAGGCAUCCUGCAUACCAAUCUUCUGGCAGGUUUUCGUUGCUUUGGUUCGAUGUAAGAGUGUUCUAUGUUAGAAUCAGCAAUUUCAUGGUUGAUGAUUCGACCCCACAAUUCCUCACCAUCAACCACAUCCCUUUGAGCCCCGACACAAUUCUUGAGGUCAAUGGAGUGAGGUGUUCGAUGGAUUCAGAAGGAAUCUCUUGCACCCUUCGACGCGAUAGGGUUGAUAAGAAAUCGGAAGAGGCUACUUUUGUCAGCACGGACAGUGUAAGAUUAUCAGGCAGCGUGAAAUUUGAGGUAUUUGAUAAAGAGGACCUUGUCAUCUCCGGGGACUUGGAAAUGUCCAAUGCCAAUGGAUGCGUGGGAGAGCCGUAUAAUACAAGCAGGAGAUGGAGUAUGAAUUGUGAAUCUGUGAUUAAUGCUGGUACGGGAUUUCUAAAAGGGAAACAAAUUGGAGGUGCCGAGUCUUCAUCGCCUACACUUGAAGUUUAUGUAGCAGGUUCCUUCUCCGGAACUCCGGUAAUAUUGACAAAGACGUUGCAACUUACUCACAGGAGAAAGCUUAGAAAAGGCAUGCUGAAUUCUAUUCCCGAGUAUGAUGCUUCAGAAAUGCAUGAAGAUGGUUUAUCCAGGCAUGACCUACAGGUUGCAGAAUACAGAAACUAUAAAUCGGAAAGUGAGGAGGACUAUGAUAAUCUGUACUGGAGACAAACACAAUAUAUGGAUAGCGAGGAAGACGGGGAGCUUUCAUGGUUCAAUGCUGGGGUCAGAGUUGGUGUCGGGAUUGGUCUUGGUGUUUGCUUGGGAGUCGGAAUUGGAGUGGGCUUAUUGGUCCGCACUUACCACACUACCACCCGAAUCUUCAAGAGGCGCUGGUGAACCUAUCAUCGCUGUAUAAUCAUCUGUUGUUCGGUUUGGAUCCGUACUUCUCUUCGGUGUGUAAAAUGAGUUGAUUGCUGUUUGUUUACAUUCUAUCCUAUCUGUUGAAGAGAAGAGAAGAGAAGAGAAGAGAUGCAGCAGCAACAGCAGCCCAUCAUUUCCUGUGUAACUUGUUUAUUUAUUGCCUGUUUCUUUGAUUUGGGAGAGUUUUGAAUUUCUGUAUAUAGUUUUCUUUUUUCUUUUUUUUUUUCAAGAAGAUCGAGUUCAUAGGAAAUAGCUGCAUUUAGUGUAGAUGUCUUUUUGACUGUCUCCUCUGUGUCAUGGCAUUGUUUUAUCUGAUCUUUUGAAUACAAGUGUGUUUUAUUUGCUGUGGAUA